AUGGCGGGUGUGAUUGAGGCAAUGCAAGGCCCUAUCGGUGUGGCCUUUCUGACCAUGGUGACUGUCUUGGUGGUUGUCGGAGGGGUGGCCGUUUGCCGAAGACUCUGCUGCAAGACGGCGGUGAACUACACGGCCGUGAACCAUAGCCUCGACGAGGAGGAGACAGCCUUCAAGAACUCCUUGGAGGCGCAGAACGAGGGGGGCGACGACAUCGACGAGCUCUUCAACUUCUCCGGCCAAGACGAGCUGGAGUUCGACACGAACGACUUGGAUAACUUGGAGAUGAUGCAGAUGUACCGAUCAAACCUGGGAGUUCCAGCGAACCCUCGAGGGGUAGAAACGGGGCUCGGGAAGGAUGGCGCCGCUGCGAUCAACGGCAGCGGGAGGGAGGGGGCGGGCCGAAACACGGUGCAGGAGGCGGAGGAUCUGGAGGCGUUGUUAAUGGGGGGCGGGGCGGGCAGUAACGGCAUCAAUCUUUCGGGAGGGCCUAGUCCGGCAUGACCAAGAGUUGUUACACAUGUGUACUUAAAAUAGUAUUCAGCGUUUUAUUCUUCAGUUUUUUUCUAUAGGGCGAGCCGUUUGCGGCGGAACGGGUUGCAAACCGUGCAUUUCAUUUGUUUAAGACCCAGUCGUGCGUGCUCUGAGCUUACACUAGACUCUGUUCGUGCAUUUUUUUUCGUUGCGCCCGUCAGUGUUCCCUCUGGAUGAAGGCGAAUAGACUUGUCCGUCGUAGUGGCCGAGUUAGUCCCCAACAGCUGGGAUAAAGCCAACCAACAAUUGGCGCAGGGCGGCGAGAGUGCAGAAAAUCCCCGAGCUAGACACAAAUGCGCCAUUUUUUCAAUCUUGAGCGCCUGCGGCGCAUCGUGGGAAGAUCUGACCUGCACACAGAAUGCGCCAUUUUUUUGCAAGCCUAACGCCUGCGGCGUUAUAUGUAGGAAGAUCUGACCUGGUNCAGGGGCACUGCCCUGGUCCGAGGUGCGUGUAGUUCGGCUCCUUGAUUUGAUGGCAUUGAGUCGCUGCGGUAGGUUCUGACGGUCCGGUUGUUGUUGUUGUCCUUUGUUCCCGUUGUUGGGGGGUGGGUCCCUUACAGGAGAGUUUGGUCGUUGCGCGUUCGGGGGAGAGCAAUGAGAUAGGGUGGGACUCGCGCGUGAUAUGUUUGUUGGGUGAAAGACGCUAUUAGUUUGUGGUCUGGCUGGGGCUGCGCUGUGAGUAUUGAUUGAAUGAGUGGCAAUGACAAUUGGUUUAAGACUAACGGGUGUGCAGAACAACUCUUGUUAUCAAGCAUGUUUUGUAAAUUCUCUGUACAUGUUGAAGAGAGUUCUUUGUUCAGCACAAGUCUUCUUAUCGCACCCCAACCAACCGUACGUUCGGUUUGCCGGUAUGCUCUGUAAGCGUUAUUGCACUCCUGUGUGUGUGUGUGUGUGUGU